AUUCAUCCUCCUGUUGUCGCUUACGCUCACGCACCCUCAAAAUUCAUCGAAGCGCAGCAAACAGGUAGAGGCAGAACCAGAGAGGCAAGGCCCGUGAGACUGAGUCUUCAAAAACCCGGUUGGCUGACCUGUUCCUUUUCCGAUACGCGCGGGCGCCUAUUCGCUUCUCAUCUCGUGCAUGCAUUAGAAGCGCAGUGCACAUCCGCUUCCUUGUUUGCUCACUCGGUCGCUCGCUCUGCUCCGCUUGUCGUCGGAUUCACAAGCUUCCCCGGUCCAAGUAACAAAGGCGUAGAGCAAACCACGCCAAGGGGAAAAGCCAAAGAGGUCGAAACGGCAGUGGCAGCAUCUGUGAGGCGCAGACUUUGGUCCUUCUCUUCUCGGCCGGUUGGACUUUUUCUGCCUUUGGAUGUUAGAACUUAUUGCACAACCAAACCCUACAAUUCUCUACCUUGCAACAUAAAAGGAACUUUGGCGACGCCGUUCUCGAGGUAUCUCUACCUCUCCUUGAUCCCUCUCCAACCACUCCGGAUGGAAUAACGUUCAGCAGUCCUGUCGUUGACAAUGACCAUGUACGCCUUUGGAUGUUUCAUCAGGAUAAACUUGUCAACAUUACUGUUACUGUCACCAAUAUCAACAACAUCUAAUCGUUAGUCUUUGCUCAGCAUCGUCUGACUCCAUACUCGAUCACACUUUCCUCUCGUCUUCCUUUCUCACGCCAUUCGGAAGAAAUUCAAAGUCUCCACAGCGCCAAACCACUCUGCCUACCACAUCAAAGAUGCGCACAACUCAACUUCUCUCCAUAUCUGUCCCCGUGCCGGGAACUCUCCCUCCGGGCGCCGUGUUAGCUGCUCUGCAGGCCGUUGAUCCAUUCGUCGCCCACCACCGAACUGUAACAAAGUUGGAGGAAGUCCCAGCAAAUCCGGCAGACACUGCUGAGGACCCUUUCUUUGGGCCCUUUGACGACACCUUUCGCGCCUUUGAGAUGCAGGAGCUCGUCAACCUCGCUCCUGGUCUAGGUAAAACGAUAACUUAUAGGGCCAUUUUCCAAGUCAUUCCCGACGGCUUGCGUUCAAGGGCCAAAGCUCCCGUGGGCGUCGUUGUCCGAGCUCAAUGGCAAGUACGCCAACAGCAGCGCGACCGAUCAGCUACUGGGCCAAUAUCGCCUGCAGGCUCGGACAGCACGGCAUCGGGCAGUACGACGACGGUUGAAGGGGACGAGUUUGAACUUCAUGAACAAGUUCUUCUCGAAGCCAAUUCGCUGCUGAUGCCCUUCAUCACAGAGUCAUGUGUAUCAGUCCACCGUGAGAUUUGCGAGAAUUUCAUGGCGGCAACGUUCAAAGAAUACUUUGGAACAUUUCCAAUGCAUUAACUGUUCCUGGAUGAAUCUGAUCAAAUCGGAUAUAGUCAUGACAAACUACAAAUCACGAAAGCACGACUAGGCUUAUAAUGGGAAGUGAAACAAGGAAAUGGUUAUGGGACUAUAUUAUAUGGCGUUGGUGCUGUCAUUAUUGGGUUUGGAGUCGUAUUCACAAUUCUUUCCAUGGUUACUAUUUCAGUAUAAAGAUAUCCAAAGAAAAGGACUCUCGAGGUGCCACAUCUAACCAAGAGGCUUGGCUAGUGAUCGAGGAGGGGACUUAGACGUCGAUAUCGGUCAUGCAUGGUGUCUGAAUGAAUGGCAACAAAUGAUCGCACUUUUUUUUUCAACAUUUGGCAUCUGUCCAUAUUUCUGAUAC